CGUCCUGUCUGUGGGGUGGAGCAGUGGCUCCAUUUCCAAGAUCCAGGUCUCACGGAUCAGACAGAGCAUCUGCAUUGAUGGCAGAGCUGGAUCUGCCCCCGCGGCACCCACCAAAACCAGCAGCAGCUCAGCAAGGGCAGGAUCAGUCCCUGACAUCUUCCCAACUCCCUCCCCCUCUCCGGAGUCCCAGCCAAACAGCGCUCAGCCUUUAACCUGCAGGAAGCCCGGUUUUCCCGGCAGCAGCAUUUCCGAGAGAGCCCGGACCCCCAGGCACACCUUGGGCUGCUGCAUGAGCUCAGCAUUCCUCGGGGAAUCCCCCUGACAGCACACCGGGACACCUGGGAGGGACAACUGGACCGUGUGUGUCUCAUCCUUAGAAUCCAUCCCCUACUCCAGGAGGCUUCAGAGCAUCACCACACCCAGAACACCACACCAUGAACGGGUACUUGAACGAAUCCAAUUUCCUGAUGGUGGAGGAAGGCUUCACCACCAGAGACCUGCUGGAGAACCUCCUGGGGGAGCUGUGCCAAGAGAGCGAGCAGCAGGCCUUCUUCGUGGCAGACCUUGGGGACAUCAUGAAGAAACACCUGCGUUUCCUGAAGGCCUUGCCCCGAGUGAAACCCUAUUUCCCAGUGAAAUGCAACGGCAGCGAAGGGGUGAUUCGGCUGCUGGCAGAGCUGGGGGCAGGAUUCGCCUGUGCCAACAAGGCAGAGAUCAGCAGGGUUCAAGGCAUUGGGGUCCCAGCUGACAGGAUUUUCUACAGCAGCCCCUGCAAGCAGGUCGCCCACAUCAGGUACGCGGCCACCCACGGCGUGAGGCUGAUGGCCUUUGACAACGAGGUGGAGCUGAGCAAGGUGGCCAGGAGCCACCCCCGUGCCAGGCUGUUGUUGGGGAUCACUGCUGACUCCAUCCCUUCUGCCCACCCGAGCAUGACUUUUGGGACCACGCUGAAAUCCUGCCGGCACCUGCUGGAGACAGCCAAGGAACAGGCAGUGGAGGUUGUUGGCAUCAGCUUCCACCUUGGGAGCCGUGGGCUGGAGCCCCAGGCCUUGGCCCAGGCUGUGGCUGCAGCACAGCUGGUGUUUGACAUGGGCGCGGAGCUGGGACAUCACAUGCACCUCCUGGACAUCGGGGGGGGAUUCCCUGGCACUGAGGACACCAGAGCCCCUCUGGAAGAGAUCGCUGCUGGGAUAAACUCUGCCUUGGAUUUGUACUUCCCUGAGGGCAGUGGGGUGGACAUUGUUGCCAGGCCUGGGCGUUACUAUGUCACCUCUGCCUUCACCUUGGCUGUCAGCAUCACUGCCCUGGAGGAGAUCCCCACGGAGCAGCCUGGCUCUGACGGUCCACGUUCUUUCCUUAUUUUAAGCACUCUGAUUUACACAAACUCCAAAACUUCUGUGAUUAACACGAAUCGUUUAUCAGCGACCACACCAGCGUCUGCUGGGUGUUUUACCCACAGAGACCCUGCCCAGAGCAGCCCUGGCACAGCAGCAGCCUGCGGGGCCCGCGGGGGCACGGCGAGGAGCGCAUCGCCGACGGGCUGGAGCUGCCCCUGCUGCACGUGGGGGACUGGCUGCUUUUCGGGAACAUGGGAGCUUACAGCAUGCCAACAGCAUCCCUGCUCAGCACAGGGCCCCAGCCACGGGUCAGCUGCGCCAUGUCCCGCACGGCCUGGAAAACCAUCCAGCUCUUCCAGGAAAAGCCACCCCAGACAGAAGAUGAGCGUGAGAGCCUCUGCACCCCCUUGUCCUGCGGCUGGGAGAUGGCAGAGACACUUUGUGUCACCCCUGUCUUCGCUCCAGCUGGCAUCAUCUGAGCACUGGGGGAGAAGGAGCCACGGUGGGAAAGGUCCUGUGGUGCUGCUGGCAGGGAAAAUGUCCCAUAAUGGUAUUGGGAUGGGAAAAAUCCCAUGGCAGCACCAGGGGAAAAGAUCCCACGGUGGUACUGGAGGGAUAAAAAUCCUACAGCAGUACCACAGUGGGAAAAAUCCCAUGGCAGCACCAGAAGGGAGAGGUCCUGUGGUGGUACCAGAGGGGGAAAGGAUCCCAUGGCAGUGCCAGGGAGGGGGAAGGUGCCAUCCUGCCUCUGGCAUUGCCCCACUCUGCUCUCACGGCCUUGGAAUAAAUCCUGUCCCAUAAAUCCUGUCCCAUAA